GAUGUCUUGGAGGAAGCAAUGGAGCUUGAUUACACCCCAUUCCAUGUGCCAAACUUUCUUACCAUGUGUUGAGUGUUGCAACUCACCCAGAAGGCUUUCAUGGAUGGAUAGAACUUCCUUCCCAGACUGACCUGACUGGAUACCCACCAUGCACAACAGCACCACUGAAAUUCCACCCACGGCUGCGACGUGUAACGAGACUUGGCCCACCCAGUCGCCCAGCUCCGAGUUCUCCCUGGGUGUGUUGGUGCUGCUGGCUUUCCUCAUGGUGUUGCUGUGUCUGGUGACCAUCCUUGGAAACAUGCUGGUGAUCCUUGCUUUUGUUAUGGACAGAAACCUCAGGCAUCGGAGUAACUAUUUCUUUCUGAAUCUUGCUGUUUCUGACUUUGCAGUGGGUGUGUUCUGUAUGCCCCUGUACAUCCCUUACAGCCUGACAGGAAAAUGGCACUUGGGAAGAGGAAUCUGCAAGCUCUGGCUGGUCAUGGACUAUCUCCUCUGCACAGCUUCAGUGUUUAACAUUGUUCUUAUCAGCUAUGACCGUUUCCUGUCAGUUACUAAAGCUGUAUCUUACAGAGCUCAGCAGGGAAUAACAUCCAACCCUGCCAUCAAGAUGGUGGCCAUCUGGGUCUUAGCAUUCCUCCUGUACUGCCCAGCCAUCCUGUUUUGGGAGCACGUGGCCGGACACAGCGUGGUAGCAGUGGAUCAGUGCUACGCUGAGUUCUUCAACAACUGGUACUUCCUGCUGUGUGCAUCCACCCUGGAGUUCUUUGUGCCGCUGCUCUUGGUGACCUACUUCAACGUGCACAUCUUGCACAGCAUCCAGCGGCGCCAGCGGCGCGGCAGCGUGCAGGACUGUGAGCCUCCCAGGAGCAGCAGCCUGUCCUGGAGGUUCUGUGGCUUGCCAAGGCCAGGAGCAUCAUCUCCUUCAUCAGAAGCAGAGGACAGUGUUUCUUCUUCCAUGAGACCAACGAAAGAGUCUUUGGGAAUUGACUGCUCAUCUCCAUCCAGAGACAAUUCUGUAACCCCAGAAAAUGACUUUUCUGUUUCCUGCUGUGCAAAGACCAGAUCAAAACUGCAGCGGGACAAGAAAAUAGCGAAGUCUCUUGCCAUAAUUGUCUGUGUGUUUGCCAUUUGCUGGGCCCCAUACUCUUUAUUAAUGAUUAUCCGUGGGCCCUGCCAGGGAACUUGUGUCCAUAACUUCCUGUAUGAAGCAACCUUUUGGCUUUUGUGGAUCAAUUCCUCUUUGAACCCAUUUCUUUACCCUCUCUGCCAUGUUAAAUUUCGAAUGGCUUUUCUGAAAAUAUUAUGUCACAAAAAGUUUGCAACACUGAGGUCAGGUUCUUUUUAGAAGGAAGAAGAAAAAUUAGGUUCAAGAGGAGCUGGAUGAGGGAUGUAAGUAGGCACUGUUUGAAAUUAGAUUUAGUCUUUUCCAGGAGAUUAAACUAGUUGCAAAAUUCUAAAUAAGCCUUCUGUGAAAUAUCCGCCUGCAGGCAAAUGUGCAUGACCAAGAUUUGUGUACUUUUUCCAGAUGUUUGAAUUGGUAAUUUAAAGGCUAUUGCCUCUGUCUGACUUUUCAGAGUAGUCUAUCCAAAUUAUCUUAAUUCUGAUUGUAAUUGAAAAUGUUGUCUUCAGUUGAAGUACCUCAUAUAUUUGUGUUCACAGGUGACAUUAGUUAAAAAUACAAUAAAGUUGUAUAUUACCCAUAGGGUCAAUAGUAUUCUAAAGUUGCUAUCUUCUCUCUUCUACUUCUUUUGAACAAUUUGCAUUUAGAACCUGAUUUUUUGCCUAUAUGAAACAUUGAAUGAAGUUAUUAUUUUUGUUGCCAGGUAUAUAGCAGAAUUACUUCCUUUCACAAAAGGUUUUUGGCCAUCAGAAGCAAAUAGGAACUACUUUCAAAAACUUGGAUGUAUGUGUUCACUGCAGAAGGGCAUUGCUCACUAUAUUUGCUCAGAUGCAGCAGUAGAGAAUUCAGGUGUGCAAAGCAUUUAUGUGGAUGUCCAGCUAUUCUGCAAAAAACCAGCCUUCUUCAGAUGUAGUUUUGAGAGAUCAUAGAAAGAGAAGUAUUUGUACUUACCCCUUGUGGGGGAAAAUCCAGUUCUGUUUCUGUUACAAGUCCUCAGCUGGAGGCUGUGAUAAAUGGUAUAUUUCUUACACACUGUGUAAGGCUGUGUUUGUUUUUCUGCAUGAGCCAGGAAAAUGGCUGUCCUAGAUGGCUGCCUGUAGUAUGUGUGGUGAGAACUGAGAGAGCUUGGAUGUGAACUUCUUUCAGUACACACUUUCCGUACUGUAAAGGAUUAUUUACUUUCAUGGCUCUGGAAUUACCAGGUAUUAACUCCCUUACUAAAUAAACAGGUGUAACUUUAAAAUGUAAACAAUUUAUUUUCAUCACACAGUCAGUAAGUAUAA